CUCUUAUUCAAAAUCUAGGAUCUGUUUGGGUAGAAAAUUAAUUUUAUUUUCUGAAACAAUAUUUUCAGAUUUCCAUAGACCUAUAAACCUAGAUCAAAUCAUUUUUUCUUUUCAAUAAUAUCAUUUUUUCAGAUUUGCAAAAAACCCUCUUAGAUUUUGAAGAAUAGGGUUUGUAUCUGUUCAAAACUUGAACUUUGACCCCUCAAUUUUUUUCAUCAAAAACACCAAUCAUCUGACAUAGAAACAAUGCGCGGGAUACCCAAAAAUUUUCCUCACUCUCUCUCUUCUAUAUAGAGAGAGAAAGUGUAAGCACAAAGCUUUCUCUCUCCGAAAACUACAAGCAAAACAACCCUUGAUUUUCAUCCGGGUUGUUGUGGAGCUAGGUGAAACCCUAGAGGAAGUUUUGGAGAUGAAGAUGAUGCGGUUGUUUUUGUAGAUUUAUAUGUUGUUUUGUUAAGUGUUAGUUAAGUUCAUUGGUGGUUUUUUCUUUUGAAAGAGAUCUAGAAAAUGUUGGGUAGUGAGCAAACUUUGGAUUUGUAUAAGCUGUUCAUGGUGGUGAAGGACAAAGGUGGUUAUGAUGUUGUUUGUAAGAAUGAGUUGUGGGAUUUGGUUGGGGAAGAAUAUGGGUUGGGUGUGAAAGUUGGUUCUUCGGUUAAACUUGUUUAUAGUAAGUAUUUGAGUGGUUUAGAGACGCCUUUGAAGAAUGUCGUUGAUGGUGAGUUCCCGAAGCGUGAUUUAGUGGGCGAUAGAGUUAAGUUUGGGGAGCGUUUAACGGAGUUGCAGGCGGAGUUGGUGUUGGAUGAUUAUGGUGAGGGAGAUGUCGGGGAUGAAGUCAAGAGUGUAUACGGAUGUAGGAAGAAGUUGUGUGAUACUAAUAGAGUGAAGGUUGUGAAUCCAGAGUUGAAUGCGUCUGAACUCGAAAAGGUAUAUGAGUAUAUAGAUGGGAGGAAGUCGUGUGGUACUAAUAAAAUGAAGGACACGAAUCUUGUGUCUAAUAUGGCCAAGAAAGUUGAGAGUGAAGGACUAGUUGACGUGCUUAUGCAGGAUUGUAAGACGAAUGAGACUAGUCUCAGAAAGUUGGUUAACCAAAAUGCUGCAAUGGAAAUAAUGGAUGAUGUAUCCGAUGUAGCAAACAGCAUGCCUGGAUUGUCAGAUGGAAGCAAGAGUUGUGCUAAUGAUGACGCCAAUGACAGUGGCGAUGAUGUCUUGAUGUUGGACCCAUCUAGUGUUAAUAGAGAGAGCUUUGGUCGUAAAAGGAAGAGAGACGACUUGAUGUCAGAAAUGCAAAGUUGGGUUAUUAGAACUGCAAAGAAUCCUUGUGAUCCUGUGUUAGGUUCAAUGCCUGAAAAGUCAAAGUGGAAGUCUUACGGUAAUCAAGAGAUCUGGAAGAAGGUUUUGUUGUUUCGAGAAGCUGCCUUUUUGAAAAAAGAUUUUGGAUCAGACUGCGAAAAACUCAGCUGGCUGGCUCAGAGGAUGCAUCCUUCCAUGUAUGAUGUUAACCUUGGGGUAAAUUACAAUCUUAGACAACGGAUCAAACGUGACAAUGGAGUUUUAGUUGGAAAAUCUGCAUCUAUCUUGCAAAGAACACCUGAUUCCGAAGCUAAGGAAAAGUUACUCGACUCCUGUGUUCCAGAAUCAAUUCUUGAUGCACCUCCCACAGUGAAUAUCCCUCUCGGGCCAAACCAUCAAGCUGAAGUGCCCGAAUGGACUGGCACAACUCAUAAGAGUGAUUCUAAGUGGCUGGGAACUCAAAUAUGGCCACUACAAAUUGUAAAAUCCAAACUUUUGGAAGGGGAACCUGUCGGAAAGGGAAGACAAGAUUCAUGCCGUUGCCAAGUACAGGGUUCUGUCGAGUGUGUUCGAUUUCACAUUGCUGAGAAAAGCGCUAAACUCAAGCUGGAAAUAGGUGUGGCCUUUUACCAGUGGAAUUUAGACAAAGCAGGGGAAGAAGUGAGGCGAUGCUGGACGGCUGAAGAAGAGAAAAAGUUCAAAGAUGUAGUGAAAUCGAACCCUGCUUCGCUUGAUAGAUGUUUCUGGGACGAUAUUUUCACAACAUUUCCUAAGAAGAGCAGGGAAAGUUUAGUCAGCUACUACUUCAAUGUCUUUCUUUUGCAGCGCAGAGGAUACCAGAACAGGCAUACUCCUGAUAACAUUGACAGUGAUGAUGAAGAAUCGGAAUUUACACCAUUGAAGGGUUCUUUUGGACAUCAAACUGACAAAUCAAACAGCUUCACCUUAUUAUCCCCUAAGAAGCCACAGCCAACGCCACAUACAAAAGGAAGACAGCUAGUGAAUGGCCUCAAAUCAUGAGCUGGUCAGCUAUGAGGUAAAAGAUGUUGCCUUUGGUGGUGGAAGCAGCUAACUAGUAACUUUGAAGAUCUGACUUGUUACAAGUUAAAGUUGCUUUUGUUCAUAUGCAUUCAAUUUUGAGACUUUACAGUGAUGCAUUGCAGCCACAUAUUCCCUUAGUUACACAUUUUCACCAGGUUGUGACAAGGGUUGCAUCACUGUUAAAACAACUGCGUCAGGAAUACACAACAUUUUUAUUGUAGAUGGUCAUGAAACAAAUGCAUCAAAAAUUAAAUUGAACUUCAGCUUAUCUGAGUUUCUAUACGGAUGUUUUUCAAUACAAUGUGGAAAUUAUUUUAGGCUCAGGUUUCUGCAAGUUUGUCAAUUACCUUUUCAAUAUGCCAACUGGCAAGUAAUUCUACUUUCUACAUGGAUCUAAGAUAUUAAAUUGACCCUUUCAAUAAGGUUAUAUGGGAGGAGUCAAUUGUAUUUGGUUUGCUUGUUUCGUCUUUGCAUGGAUAUUUUCUUGAAGGUCUUUUUUGUAGUGUUAA